AUAACUUUUUGGUCAAUAUAUAUAUUCGUGUCUGUUCACAACACAAAGUACGAAUAGUAAUUGAUAAUUUUUUUUGAUAAGGAGUUAGGAUACUCAAACUUAUGCUUUAGUGAUUUUAAUAUCUUCUUCUAUUUUUUUUUAUACAGCAGGAAAUAGAAAUAUUAGUCACAAUAUAGAUUUCAACAAACUAAGUCAAUGAGUCAUAAAGAUCUAUUUAUAAUUUAUAUAUAAAUAAGAAAGGCACGCCUUAUUAUCCUUACUACUUUAUAAAUAUACUGAAUUACUUAAGAAAAAAAAAAUCGUAUGAAUAAAAAAAAAGUAUACAAAUAUGACACAUCAUUUUAUGUAUAGUAGUGGGGAAUUAUGGGACAAAAAGUAAAUCCGCUUGGUUUUAGACUUGGUACAACUCAAAAUCAUGAUUCUAUUUGGUUUGCCCAACCAAUCAAUUAUUCGGAGAAUCUACAAGAAGAUAAAAAAAUACGAGAUUGUAUCACGAAUUUUAUAGAAAAAAAUACAAGAAUUUCUUCCGGCGUCGAGGGAAUUGCACGGAUAAAGAUUCAAAAAAGAAUUGAUCUGAUUCAAGUCACAAUCUAUAUGGGAUUUCCAAAGUUAUUAGUUGAGGGUAAGCCUAGAAGAAUCGAAGAAUUACAAAUGAAUGUACAAGAAAAAGUAAAUUGUGUGAACCGAAAAAUCAACAUUGUUAUUACAAAAAUUGCAAACGCUUAUAGACACCCUAAUAUUAUUGCAGAAUUUAUAGCCGGACAAUUAAAGAAUAGAGUUUCGUUUCGUAAAGCAAUGAAAAAAGCUAUUGAAUUAACUGAACAGGCAGGUACAAAAGGAGUGCAAAUACAAAUAGCGGGACGUAUCGACGGAAAAGAAAUUGCACGUGUCGAAUGGAUCAGAGAAGGUCAGGUUCCUCUACAAACCAUUCGAGCUAAAAUUGAUUAUUGUUCCUAUACAGUUCGGACUAUUUAUGGGGUAUUAGGAAUCAAAGUUUGGAUAUUUCUAAACAAAGGGUAAUUAACUUUUCCUUCUCUUUAAUGUUCCGUGUUUUUUGAUAAAACAAAAAAAAAUGAGAAAUUUUAUAAGAUUGAAUAAAAAAAUUCAAUAAAUCAUUGGAUAUUGAUAGAAUUGCUAUGCUUAGUGUGCGACUCGUUGGUUUUUUUUUGAUUGCUUUAAAUUCAAAAAAACUAAUCUAUAAUAUGAAUUUAAUGAAUAAAGAACUAAUAACCAACUCAUCGCUUUUCUUUAUCCGGAUCUCAAGAACUAGUAAAAAUAGAAAAUAUAAAUAAAGAUUUGAUAUAUUAGUGGAUAUAAUUAUAGCAACUUAAAUUUUUCAUAAACAUAAAAAAGAAAAAAACGAAUCUGAUUCUGGGUUGUAAAGCAAUAAAAAUAUAUGGAUAAAUAAGGUGAUGAGGUGAAAGAAAGAGAGAUAUAUCAAUGAUAUAAAAUACGAAUAUGUAAAGGUCUACGCAAAAAAGGUAGUGUAAUAAAGCAUCAAUAUAAAUGAAAUAUGAAUUCAUCUAUAAUAUAGAUGAAUUUUUCCCUAGAACAAAUAAAUCAAGAGUCCCGGGUCAAUAUAAAAACUGAGAAGGUUGAUUCCAGAAAAAUUCAAAUCUUAUUGAAAUAAAAACUUUUAAAUUUAAAUAGAGACUCCAUUCUAGAAUUAAGACCUAACCAUUAAUUGAGAAGCUGUGGGAACGACGAAAACUAUGAAUGCCUAGGAUGUUUUUUCAAACAAAUCUUAAUGAUUCAUUAGAUGGGAUAGCGGAACGAACCAAGAAACAAUCCUUUGUUUGAAAGGUUGUGGACUAACCCUACAUUACAUCUUAAAUUGAUAAUGAAAGAGUAAAGAUUCGCCCGCAAAAAUUUAGAUUUGUUUAACAAUUUUUGCCAAUCCGAUAUGAUAAUAAAAAAAAGAUUUGUUAUAACCUUAUAAGAUAACAACAUUAUUCAGUUCCAUACGGAUAACAAAAAUUGUCUAUAAGAAUAGAUACGAAAUUAUAUAUCAAAACUUCUAAUAGACCAAUAGAUUUUAUUAUCAAAUAUCAAAAAAUCCUGUGAUUCUAUUAUUAAUUAAAGAUAUGUAUCUUGUUGUAUAGGAUUUUACCGGUUAAAGCAUAUAUAUAUAUAUUUAAAACAUAUAUAUAUUGAAUAGCUUCUUUAUAUUUGCGAGGAGCCGUAU